AUGAAUAGAGUUAUUCGCGAGACAGAUAAGAAAAAGAAGCAAAUUACGCCGUGUGGAAAAGUGCGCUCUGCUGAAAGCGCAAAGUACAGGAAAUCCCUGUUGCAGCUAAAGGAGCAAGAAUACUUGAUCGAAAAGAAUCUCACUAACUUGAUGGAGAACAUGAAACUGGAACCAGAAGUUCUACGACCCGUUUUGCAUAAUAUGAAUGACAUCUCGAGAAACAGGGAAAUCUUUCUGGAUAACAUGAGAAAAUCUUUGGAUGAAAUUACUCAGGAAUUGCAAUCAGCACGAUCGAUCACGAAUUGUCCCGAGCAGAUCCAGAAGCUAGAUACGAAUGCAUACAAACAACGUCUCUUGAAAUUGUCGCAAAAAAUUCGGGAGUUUCAGGAGUCCUGCCAACAACAAAUUACAACUUUGUCGCAGGAGCGAACUGUUCUUGAAUCUGAGUUACAUGAAUUUGAAUCAAAUUUACAUAAGUAUGAGAAUACAACCGGCAGUAUUAGUAAACCGACAUCCGCCGUGUCUUCUAACAAGGAAAAUAAAAGGUGUUACGAUUAUAAGGAGAUCGAGGACCUCCACGAUUUAAUUGCUAAAACAGGCCAUACUGAUAAUUGGAGUAAUGAAGACCACCUGUUGUUCUUGAAAAUGCGGAAGAAGUGCAGUAGCAUCCCUGCUUUAGUGACUGCCAUUCGAGUCAAAUGUCCAGAUCUAACAGCGGAAACUAUAGUAAAUCAUGAGGCUUGGUAUAAAAUUUAUCUGAACUUGCGCGAAAAGCAACGAUCGAGCAUCAGAGAGUGGCGCAAACGAAAAGAAAUGGAGAAGAUAAAAAUGAAAAGUUGUAUGGAUGAAACCGGGGCCGAAACCUUGGAAGAAAUUUCGAGGGAGAAUAGGAACUCCGAUAUCACAAAAGAUUUGUCGACUUGCGUGACAGAUAAAGGGAGAGCAACAAAACCUGACAAUUCCGUUGAUAUCAAUAAUCAGAAAAAGGAAUUAAUAAAACAGUGGAAAGCAGAGAGAGAGAAUAAACGUUUGAUGGAACAGGAGCAGUCGAGAAUUCUGAUUGAGUCGAAGCUUGCCACGCAAGAAAAACGUAAAAGGGAAAGAUUGGAGAGACUUCGAAAAGUCCUGGCGGAGCAUCGUGAGAAAAAAUCGAUGGAAGUUUCCUCCAAAGACUCGAAAGACGAUUCGAGACCACACUAUAAUCCAUUGUUGAUUAAAGCCUUUAGGAAGCAAGAUACAGAAUUUACAAGAAAGAAGAAAAACUUGAUAGCGAUACGAAAAACAACUCAAAAUCGAACAAUAAAAAUCAUAAGACCACAAAUAGUAGAAAAGCAAGAUCACUCGACUCUCAUGAAUUCGACUGAAGUAUGGAGAGAAAAAUGUAGAAUGCCCGAUCCUAAUACGAAAGAAUCGAAAAAGCUGCAAUAUAUUAAAGACGUUCCACGUUUAUAUGUUCAAUGGAGAAACGAGGAAUCGAUAGAAAUCAAGAAUGCUCUGACAUUUUUAUAA